AUGACUCUUGGCUUGUUUGUCGUAGUGUUCCACAAUUCAACGCCAAAAGACCACAUCUUACGAUUGAUGCGACUGCUGAUGCUCUAUGGUGCUAAUAUACAUGAAUUCAACGACGACAAAAAAAAUAGCACGCAAUUAGAGUUUGAAAUUGAGGAAGAGAGUAUGGUUAUGCAGAAUAUGCGUAACGACCCACAUAUUUGGGAAGUCGCCAAGGCUAGUAACUUCAAAAAGGUAAAGCCAUAA